AACAUGAGGCCAAUUGACAUGACUGAUGUUGCCGCUUGCAGUGAGUUUGAUUCCCAUAAUUUCACAGAAAAGGUCUGUGGCAAUCAGACAAUACUCCAGGGUCUGCUGAAUAAUGUGGACAGUGCCUGGCUCCUUAAGUAUUGCAGCAAAGCUGACCAUUUCUUGCCCCUGGAAAUGUGUCAGUACCAUAAAUGGGUGGCUCAGGUUCCUUCUUCUCCUAUCAUUCAGCAGUGCUGGGAUUACAAUAAAAAACAGUUUGCGUCUGUUGUCUGCAGUAAUGAGGAGCUUCUAUCUCAGCUGAAAAUGGAUACAUCUAACAGUUGGAUCAGCAUUAUCUGCUCCACAGAAAGUCAGACUUGCCUAGUGAGAGAUAUAGUGACCUGGCUGAAUUGGUCCUGCAGCAGUGACCUUUCAACUGUAUGUCAGUACAGUGGUAUCAGGCUAGAGAGUAUGGAGUAUCUUAUUCAGUGUGGAAUGGAAAUGGCAGGGUUCCAGGUAGGCGGAACCGCAAUUCAGCAAGUAGUCUCAUCCUUCCAUAAAUCAGUGAACAAAAUAGUUAUUUUGCUAGCAGUGCUGGAGGAGAGCCACCUGGUUUCUCUACAUCUUACAGAGAACAUUCGUCUGAGUAUUUUACAGUCCACCAUGAUGUACCUACGCACUCAGGACAACUUUGCAACAAAAAGAGUUCUUCUACAGUGCUUUGGGAACCUCCUGAUGAGCCUGAUGCAGACUGGCAGGGAGAUCUCUGAUGAAAACUUCUUCCUAGUGAAGGAAUACUUUCAGCUUCCCCUUGAGAUUAUUAAGUCUGUACUCAUGGCUAUGGACGUAAAAGCAGGACGACAGAUACUUCUAUACCUAAACAGAAACUGGGCAGUCCUAAAGUUGAGUGAUGACUACUUGAAGACUAUAGCUUCGGUAUAUCUGCAAAAAUAUGUGAUCGCAGAUCCCUCUUUGUUUGCUGAACUGUCACAGCUUUUGAGUUAUGCUUCAGUUUCAGAUAUCUCCAAUCUGCCAGCCCUGCAAGACAACCUCAUAGUAUUGUCGGCAAUCGGUAGUUCCCUGCCCAAGCUAAAUCAAGACCAGAAAACAGCAUUUGGGAAUUGGCUUGGCAACUCGGUUAAAUUCCAGAGUGUGGCAAAGUGGCCGAUGGCAUUUGUCAAAGAAGUAGGAGCUCUUCUGGCUUGCCUUCCUUUUAACAAGUUCCAGCAACUGUCUGCUGCUCAGAUGUUGGUGAAUGUUGAAAAACUAUUGGCUGUCCCCAUGACAAACCUUCAGCAGCAAUUUCUCGCUCAAAGUAUUUUGAAGGCAUAUACUAACUUGACAUCCCAGGAUUUCAAGAGGCUGGGAAAUCUAACUUGUCUAGGGCAUACGGUUGACUUACUGCCCUAUCUGCGCACACCUGCCAUGGACAUCAUUAAGAAAAGCAUACAGAACUGCCUUCGUAUGGGUUUCAUCAUUCCCAGUGAAAUGAUUUCACUCUUCCUUGUGAAUAGCACACUUUUGAAUAACGUAUCAGCCCUCAGUAUCGAGCAACUCAAUGACUUGGCAGUGGUAAUGCCAAAUCUAGGCCUCCCCUUUCUCAAACAGCUUCUGCCCUCUCAGGUUGAAGCUUUGCUUCCAGUGCUCAGCUCUGUGGAGUUCUCUCCAUUUCAGGCCCAGGAGCUGGUAGACAAGCUGUUCCUGAGGAAAUCGGACAUUCUUCCAGUUACACUCAGCAGUUUGGGCUCUCUCAUUACUGGGGUGCGUCCAGAGAUUCUGCGGGGACUGUCAGAAGACACACUUGCAUAUGGUUUGGCAAAUAUCAGUAACUGGAAGUCUCUCCUGAAUCCUGUCCAGAAGGCAACCAUUGCUAGUAAACUCUGGGCAUCUAACAGAGUCAAAGAGUGGUUUGACAUCCUGGAGCCUCUGGUUUCUGAGACCCCACUUUUGAUUGUAAAAUCACAGCUGCAGGCUCUGCUCUCCAACAUCUCAGCUACUAGUCGCAUGUCAUGGAACAACCAGCAGGCUAAACUCCUUUUCAGGGAAACCCAACGUGACAAGAGGAUCAGGACAGAGAGCUUCCUUCAAUAUCUUGGAAAAAUUCUUCAAGGUAUUGACUGCACAACUUUAGGCAACUUGCUUUUCAGCUCAACAUCUCCCUCCUCGGCUGGUUAUAAGAUUUUACUGUUCUUUCAGGAGGUUGCAGUGCAGCUGCCAAGUGCCCUGAAACAGUGCAUAAUUGAGCAGAUGAGCAAUGUCAGCUUAACAACAGUGCUGCUGCAGGAUCUAGGUGCCCAGGUGGCAGUUGAGCUCCCGAUCAGCAAGGUUAAAAGGCUGUCUACUGAUGUGAUGCAAAGUUUGCGAACAAUGAUUGUCCAGGAUCCAAAUGAAUUUCUCAAUCUUCCAAAGAUCAGACAGCUCCUGUUAGUGGAUAAAGUGGCUCAGAGGCUGGGUGUCUAUGGUGGGGAGUUCACCAAGGAAGAGUUUGAGUCACUUGGUGUGAUGGCAUCUAUGGUGGUGGAAGAGAUCUUUAUCAACCUUUCCCGGCCCUUUCUAGCAGAAAAUAUACAAGAGCUUAACAAUGGGUGCAUUGACAAGACUAAAGGAGAUAUUCUGGGGGCAAUGCUGGAAGAGACAAAUGUUUUUGGUCCAGCAUCCAAUUGGACCGAUGUAAAAAUGGAUCAGAUAGACAGAUUUGUGUUCUUUCUACCAAAUGCUGCAAUGAAGAAGAUUCCAAAAAGCCUCAUGUCACUUGAAAGAAUUGAGCGGUUAUUCCAAACCCAGAAACAGUGGGAUAAAAGUGCAAUUGGAAUCGCCUGCGCGCAGAAUGUGGAAGAGUCAGACAAGGAAGCCAUGCUCAGAAGCCAGCAGUUUCUGCUGCAGUAUUUUUUGAGUGUAGUCAAAAGUGGAUUUUCACCAAAACUUGCUUUGCCUCCAAGUUGUAGCAGUGUCCAGUCUACGUUGCCUUCAGCAUGGGAUCUAGAAAGUCUCAAAAGCAUGUCAACAGAUGAUUUCAUCAAUUGCCUGGAAACCAUUGGUCAAGACCCACACUUCCAGCCAGAGAAUCUUUCUCAGUUACUGCUCAGAUUUAAGCAGAUUUUUGGACCUGCUGCUUCUCUGCCCUCAAAAGCCAUCAAGUUCCUUGGGCUGAUAGCCACAAGAUUCACAGAAAAUGAGCUCAUGCAAUUGGACCUCUCAGACCUGACAACUGUUGCCACUCUGGGGAAAAUUGAAAUAUGGUCUUCUCGACAGCUGUCUGCCCUCUACACAGCCUAUCUAAACUCUAGCAAACAGACUUCAGGUAGCUUUGAUGUUAGUGUUCUGGUGGCACUUGGAUACAUCAUCUGUGGCAGUAAGGUAUCAGACAUUUCUAAGAUGAAUCCUGUGGAAUUCAGUAAAUCAGUUAUUUGGAUUGGGCAGUUGAAACUACCCUGCUCUGAAAAUCAGCUGGAAGAAAUGACCAAGCUGCUAAUGCACAGCCUUGCAUUUGGGCCAGCAAGUAACUGGCAGGGUGACACCUUCCUAGAGAUUGGAACUAUUGCAGCUGGACUUCCAGAUUUUGUGUUGUCUUCACUUGUGAAAGAACAAAUUGAAAGCCUUACACCUUUGGCUAUUUCCAGCAUUCCCUCUUCAAAGUUAUCUGUGGCGUUUAGCCCCACCCAGAUAAAAAUGUUCACUUAUAAUCAGGGAGCUGCCAUCACUGCAGAUCAGCUUCUGGCCCUCAACAGUCAGCAGCAGGCUGCAUUAUCCAUGGUGCUGGCAUCCUGGGAUGACAGACAAAUUGAUUUUCGAGGAAGGUCCAGAGGAGUACGUCUGUAUGUCAUAAGCCUUGGACUUAUAUCAAGCCUGCUGUCAGCACUGUUGCUGUUGCACUGCCUACAGAAUUAGAAAACUGUACUUCUUUAACAGCACCACUAAAAUAAUCUUAACAGGUAGAAGUUGGAGUCUCAAUUUUGGUAACAAAACACUUUUCUGAUACAUAUUCUGAAAUUGAUCAUGAGACUGAAUUUUCCUUACUGUAUUCUGGAUGAAGUCAGUGGGACCUCCUUACAAUUUUCACGUGUGUCUUUAUACUAGAUGAUUACCUGCGGCUUAUCUAAGGAUGUGAAAGAUGUUGAUUUAGUAACGUCAUUCCCAUACAAUAAAUUCUGUCAGCUCCCAUGGGUCAAAAGGGUUCCAUCACUCCAGACCACUGUCCCAUCACAGGAGCUGUCCCAGGUGUGCUAGUGUGUAAUUCUUUCUGUUGUCAUCUGUGUGUAAAUUCAUUGUUGAACAAGUUUAGCUGAUUUUCUUGGGUAAUGUAAAACACAUACUGAAUUUUUGGUAACCUAGUGUGUACUGGAAACAGU